CGUGCGUGCGUGUGAGUGAGCGUGUGUGUGUGUGUGUGAGUGAGCCUGUGUGUGAGCGUGUGUGCACGCGCGCGUGGCACCAGGGUGGCGGGCGCGGGUGCUCCACUGCCUUCCACACACUCUGCCUGCUCCGCGGCUCCUUCCUCGCCCCUCUCCCGCCCCGCGGGCUGCCAUCCUGAGAGAAGGCCGCGGGUCACAGGUGUGCUAGGCUUGCGGGACCGCUGGAGACAAAGGGGGCGCGGAGGUGAGCCCGCCAUGGCCUCCCGGAGCCUGGGGGGCCUGAGCGGGAGCCGCGGCGGCGGCGGCAAGAAGAGCCUGAGCGCCCGCAACGCUGCGGUGGAGAGGAGGAACCUGAUCACCGUGUGCAGAUUUUCUGUGAAGACCCUGAUUGAUCGGUCUUGCUUUGAAACAAUUGAUGAUUCUUCUCCUGAAUUUAAUAACUUUGCAGCUGUUCUGGAGCAAAUUCUAAGUCACCGGCUGAAAGGUCAAGUAACCUGGUUUGGCUAUGAAAGUCCUCGUAGCUUCUGGGACUACAUCAGAGUGGCUUGCCGGAAAGUUUCACAAAACUGUAUCUGUAGUAUUGAAAAUAUGGAAAAUGUCAGUUCCUCCAGAGCUAAGGGUAGAGCCUGGAUCAGAGUAGCACUCAUGGAAAAACAUUUGUCUGAAUACAUCUCUACAGCUUUGAGAGACUUCAAAACAACCAGGAGGUUUUAUGAAGAUGGAGCCAUUGUCCUGGGGGAAGAGGCCAACAUGCUUGCUGGCAUGCUGCUGGGCCUCAACGCCAUCGACUUCAGCUUCUGCCUAAAGGGAGAAGGAUUGGAUGGCACCUUCCCUGCUGUGAUAGACUAUACACCAUAUUUGAAGUUUGAGCAAAGUUCUGACAGCAUCAGCAGUGAUGAGGAAGAGCUCAGGACAUUCGGGAGCAGUGACAGUGAGGGCAGCACCCCCGAGAACGUGGGCCCACCUCUAAUCCUGGACGAGAACAGCUGGUUCAACAAGUGCAAGAGAGUAAGGCAGAAGUACCAGCUCACCCUGGAGCAGAAGGGUUAUCUUGAAGAACUCUUACGGCUUCGUGAGAACCAGCUUUCUGAAUCUGUCUCUCAGAAUAAAAUCCUACUUCAGAGGAUCGAAGAUUCUGACCUGGCCCACAAACUGGAGAAAGAACAGUUAGAAUAUAUCAUCGUGGAGCUUCAGGACCAGCUUAAGAGUUACCAAAGCCUUGACCAGUUAUCAGCAGAAGUCAGCCUUUCUCAGGCCUCAUUGGAUCCCAGCCACUCACAAGAAGGCGAUGGAAAGCAAGACUCAUUGAAUUUCAUCGGUGAAGGUAAAGAAGAUACUCCCUCACUUCUUGGCCUUUGUGGGUCACUGACAUCAGUGGCAAGUUACAAGUCCCUAACAAGCCUAAAAUCCAAUGACUGCCUUGCAAGCCCCACCACGGAGAUAACAAGCCCAGGCCUGACUCCUUCCUGAAAGACUACGUAAAAACCCAAAGUUUCUGUGUUGUAAAUAUCCUGUUUACAUGAGUUUGGCUGCUGGGAGAUCUUUGAAAUUUUAUAUUCUGGUAUAUGCGUAGCAUUUUGUCGUUCGGAGAUUUCAGUCCAGCCCAGGUAAAGUUCCGAGGGAAAGGCAUAGCAGUUCCCCUAUUUUUCUUUUUAAAUUAGUACAUUUGUCACUGAGGAUGUUUAAAGUUCAAUAGGCUUUAAAAGUCUCACAAAGAUUGUCUGAAUCCAUUAUAAAGUGUACAUAGUUGUUAUUCAACCAAUUUUUUAUAUUUGUUUAAAUGCGUCUUGGUGUCCAGAGACUAGAUCCAGGUUUUAUUCCAGAGACUUAAGCUUAAUGGUUUCUUUCACUCCUUUAUUUGGUGGUUAAAUUUGCACAAAAGGCAACUCUGUAAUUUCAUGACGCACUCCUGCGCUCUGUGUCUGUGUAACAUGCUUUGAGGGGAAGUCUCCAGCCGCAGCUAUUUAAGUUUUCCUUUUGUCAUUUGGUACCAACUUCUAGCAUUUCAUAAAUUUUGUAGAAAUGUGCCUUUUUAGGCGGUUGCUGACUUAAUUUUAAGGUAUGAAGGAAAAGCAUUUUAUAUAUAAAAAAUGAAUGCAUUUCUUAGACUUAUUUUCCCCAGUGUGCCUAAGACAUUGGAAACCUUUCAAAAUACAAAACAAAUGUUGGCAAGGUAUUUCUUACAUCGGAAGUUUCCAGUUUAAUGAGUGAUUUGAGAACUUUUAGAGAACAACCUUGUGAGUGACCAGGAUAACUGACUGUGGAUAUAUGUCUGAGCCACAGUGCUAUUUCUCCCUGUGUGCAACCACGAGUUAUACUGGAUGUUUCACAACCAUUACCACUAUUCCGUGAUUUCUCAUUUUUCAAACUGAUCUGAGUGUUUAACAAUCCUAUUCUUCUGUAGGAAAACAGGUUUUCUUCAAACAGUUGUGUUUCAAAUCUCUUUUUUUUUUUUUUACAUUUUUUGAAACAGCUACAUGUGUCCCUAAAAAUUCCACUGUAUUGAAAACGAAGUGUAUAUUCUAUAGUGAGUCACAGGAGGAAAGCAAGUGUGCCAAAGAUGUUUCCUACACUGUUCAUGAAGGGGCCACAGUCCUCGCUCUUGUCUGUUAAUUUUUAUAUUUAAACAGCAGCUGUGACAUGGAGGACACUUAUCCCUCCUAGAAAGCUUCCUGAGGAGAGCUGAACUCACACGUUCAUUCCUUGUGCCCAAAGUGUGUAGGGGAGGGAGGUUCUGGGAAAUGCUUGGAGCUCAGUCUCCUGGUGUAGAAUCAGUCAAUAGUAACGUGACCGGCGUCACAUGUGAGACAGUGCAGACACUAAUUUCUGGGGCAAUGGAAGCCUGGAAGCUUGAUGUAGAUGUUGCAGCUCGAUGUAGACGCUGCAUUGGGUGGCUCAGAACACACUGAGAGCUUUCUUCCAGUAGGCGACAUUAAAGCAGAGCACCUCUGUCUGCUCUGAACUGUUUUUUAGGAACACGGUGGCCAAGACCACUUUUAAAUAGUGUCCGGAAUAGCAAAUCAAGACAGCAGGCCUGCAGGAGGCUGCAUGGAGACUUAGGCCAUGAGAAUGUUGGGAAUUUAGGCUGGCCAUGGGCACGCCUCUACUUCCCUAAGAACUAUCCAAGUGUUUACCGCUUUAUCACCAUGGCCUGCUCUCAUCUGUCAUUUAUGAUUUUUUCCAGAUAUAGAACAUUGUUAAGAUCUUUUCAUACGUUUUUAUAAAGUAGAAGGGAAUACAAGAUUCCCCAGUUGGUACACUUUUUCAUCUCUGUCCCAUAGAAACACUAGUUUGUGACAUAUCCCUGCUGCAAACCACAGACUGAGACAUGACACCUGAGGACCAUGGCUUUCCCUCCGUUAUUGGAGCUCUUGAUACGAAGUUCAUCUGCUACUGUGGAAUCCGAGUUUCUACAGUUGAUCUGAGAUAGAUGCAGUCUGUAAUGCUUGCAUGAGUGAACAGCGUCUCAGUCUUUAAUUACCAGUGGUACUGUGUAUUUCUCAGAACCCCACAGAGAAUGCCGGCUUAGUCUCUUUCUGUCUGUAUUCCGUUGCCUUGAUGUACUAUAUUUGUUGCAUGUAUAUUAAAAAAAUUUUUAACCAUA